AUGGCUGACUACCAAGAAUUCACAAUUCCCGCUCUUGCAGCUUUGUACCCACUUCUGGAACAGGGCCCUAGCAACAAUGAACGUCAAGCUGCAGCUCGUGCUGUACUCCGGUACAAUGCACAUGUUGAUGGUGCUCAUUAUUACACAAGGAGAAUUGCAGGUCUGCAUCUAUCAUAUAUUGCUUUCAAUCCAGAUGCUGCGCACAAAGAGAGCUCGCUCCAAAAGGAGGAACUUGCUGGGACAACACUACAAGAUGUUUUUGAUGCUAUCACAGCACAGGAUCGCCUUGACGGUGGAAUAUCAUUUUUGGUCCGCUGUCCUGGGUUUAACACAUCAUCUGGACCAUUACCCGAACACAUUCCUAUUGACCUUUACAUCACUCCUUGUGAACUUGCUGAGAUACCCGAGCAAACUGGCCGAGACACAGCCCAGCUGUUAAUAGGUGCAGCACAAAACCAUCAGCAGCAAAUAUCUCAAGUCUGGGCUCAAAUCCAUAAAUUAAUCAACGAUAAACUUAAGGAUAUCACCGAUGAUCCUAAUGCAAAGAUGCAGUGGGUUUUAUACUGGCAAAAUAUUGUACAGCGUUACCAGGUCAUCAUUGAAGGUUGGCCAAGUGACAUACCAUUUGAAAACCUGAGCAAAGCGUGCAGCUCAUUGCUGGAACUAGACAAGGGCCAGAAGAGAACCACAGGGAAGAAUGCUACAAGUGGCACUACACCUCCUGGUUCUAACAAACAAAGCACCUACAAAAGCACCGAGUUUAUUAAUGAUUCUAAGAGCGAAGACAACUCACCCAACAGCACAUGCCCUGAAAGCUCUAUCAGACUCCCAACACCCAUAAUGACUAAUACGCAGUGCAGCACUGAAGCUAGUGCAAUGGGUGUGGCAACUCAACACGGAACUCCAUCUGUUAAUCAGAUGGUUAGAUCUGCGACUAUAAACACUGUGAAUGAUGUAAAUGGAGAAAUCAGUCAUCGAGACAAGGACAUGGACGUCAGUGAUUCAGACUUCUUAAACUGGCUAAGCAGUACAGACUCAGCUCGGAUGUAG